AAUUGAGGCGAAUGAUAGAUUUCUCUUCUGUUCCUUAAUGUCGAUCCUAUGAAUUUCGGUAUCACCGAAAAUUUUAACAGUUAUGGUCCAUAUCGCUUAUGGUGGAGUCGCUACGAACCAUGCAGAGGUCCGAAAUCUACGAACCUCACGAUCUUAAGUACAAACUUAAUAAAAGAUGGCGACUUUUAUUAUUCUUGGGUUAAUUUUACAUUUUUAACUCAGGCAAGAAUUGAUGAAAUAAAAAUAACUGUUUACGCGUUAAAAAAUAACCGUAGUAAUCUCCUAAUGAGAUACAAGUUGGAUGAUCCUUGUCAGCAUUUCGCUAUUGCGAGUAUUAUCGAAAAACAAUUGAAUGCUAAAAAUUGUGUUGUAAAAAAGGGAAACUAUUCCUGUUACGCAAAUUUCACUGAAAUCUCAUACGCGUUUUUCGGGAAUUCAUUCUUCUACGGUGAAUAUAUGCAGAAGAUUACUACAUUGUCGAAAAAGGGAAACAUUGCAUGCAUUGUUUUGAAUUCAAUCUUUGAAAAGAAAACAAAGCCCAUGACGUAAUCAAAAUGUUUAAUUUACAGGACAAUAAAAAUUAU